AUGGAAGGCUAAUAAUAAAUAGAAGAUAUUUAAAUAGAAUACUCUCCUACUAAGGAAGAGAUUAUUGAGUAUGCAAAAUAUCUAGGAAUGGAUAUUCAAAAAGAUUAACGAUAUUUAUACAUUGCAGAAGAGGGAUUGAGAGCUCCUCUUCCUGAAGGAUGGAAAGAAUACAUCACGCAAGAAGGAGAAAUAUAUUAUUUUAACUAGGAGAAAUAAAUGUCUUAAUGGGAGCAUCCUAGUGAUGAGUUUUACAAACAAAAAUUUAUGGAGUAAAAAAAUAAAGACUAGUUAGCUACGUAGUCGUUGCAGGAUUUUGUAGAAAAUGAUAUUUCUAAUUAAAACACUUAGUUUAUUUAAGAGCAAUAAUAGAAAUAAGUUCAAAAAAACGUUGUUAAAAAUUCUCCAAUCACAAGCGAAUCAAAUGUGCUUUAAAAAAAUAUUAAUUAAUUAAAGAUACAAAGUCCUAUAAAUAUAAAUUAAGCUUAAAUGUUAGGAAGACAAACUCCAAAGCAGGAGUAUUAUGAGUACGUCAAUUAAGCUGAGCUAAAGAUAAAUGAGUAUCAAUAAAAGAAGUCAAAUGAAUUAAAUGAACAGAUUGUUAAUUUAGAAAAUAUAUUUUAAGAGAAAAAGAAAUAGCUAAAACAGUAAAUUGAUUCGCAGUUGCAAACGUUUAUUAAUGCAUGGGAUGAAACAAAUGCAAAAUCGUUGAUAGAAAAUAAGACUGAAGAAGAAAUAAAUGUGUAAAGUGAGAAGGAGAAGAUUUUACAAUAAUUAUAAAUUAAUUUUAAUGAAUAAAAAAUUAUACAAGAAAAUAAAUUAAAUCAACAGUUCAAAGAAUUAAAAGAGUAAAUUUAGCAGAGAAUUGAGAGAAAAUAUCAAAUUCAAAUUGACAUGCUUGAGGCAGAGAAAAAGGAUUUUGAUGAUAUCAAUUAGAACAAGAGUUUUUUGAAUAUUUCUUAAAGAAAUAUCAAUAACACUCUAGUUUAGGAGCAGUAAAAGAUGAAACAAUAUUACCAAGAGUAAAUUCAGAGAUUUAAAGAUUAAGGCCAAGAGAAUUUAAAAUAUGCAAUUUAAGAUUACAAAGGUAAUCUAAACAUUCAGCUUUAGUAAAAGAGACAGCAAAAGCUAAGGGAAAUGAAGGAAAAAAUAGAUUUAGCAAAUGAACAAAAAAAGGAUAAAAUAAGAAAAGAGAUUCAAGCAGAAUUCGAGUUAAAAAAAUUUGAGCUAAAAAAGUAAUAUGUAGUUGAAGAAAAAGCCUUAGAGUAGCAAGAAAGAAUAAAGAUAGAAGCAGAAUACUCAAAUGAAGUAUCAAAAUUGGAGUUAAAAUACAUUGAAGACUUAUAAAAGCUGAAGCAAUCGGAGGAGAUGUAUUAUCUCAAAAAGCAAGAUAGACUUCUUAAAAUAUAAAAUGAAAUACAAUAAAAAUACGAAAUGCAAGAAAAAGAAUUAGUUGCAAAACUCGAAAGAAAAAUUUAGAAGUUGGAAGAUGAGUAGCUAGAUUUAUAGAGCAAAUUGAAUACUAAAAAGAUUUACUCAAAAAAAUACGCUGAACUAAAGAAUUUAGAAUUAUAAUUAAACGAUAAUAUUAAACAGCAAAAUGAACAAAUUAAACUCACUCAGGAGUAGAUUGAGUCUGAUAAAGAGAAUAUAUCAGGUUUUUAAAAUUAAAUUCAAGAAAAAUUGCAGGAAUAUUAAAAAUUAUUGCAGGAAUAAAACUAAUUUAAUAUUCCUAGCUCAUAAAAUAUUUAUGCUUAGGAGAGAAGGGAGCAGUAAUUAAUUGAUAAGGUUAGCAAGCUAAAAGAUGAUUUUACCUAAAUUCAAAGUGAUUAGUUUAAUGCUAAUAAUUAUACUAUUUCUUAGGAAAACGAUAUUUUGAAAAACAGAGAUAUUAAUUUAAUCAAAAAAGGAACAUUUGUGAUAAAAAAUAAUGAAAAUGAAUAAAACUCUACUUUGUCAAAAGAAAAAGAACAACUUUAACAUCUAAAAAAAGUUAUUGAGCAAAAAUUAGAUGAAAUUCAUAGACCUCAAGUUGAUAAUUAUUUAUCAAUUCCUAAACAAACACCAAGUAAUAAUGAAGAUGAGUCUUUUAUUAGAAAAAGACAUUCUCAAUUUGAGAGCUCUCAAUUUUAACAGUAAAAAAGAUUCUCUUCUUACGAUAGAGCUUAUUAAACUCAGAGUUAGUAAGGAUUUUAUUAGGAUUCCAGAAGACAAGACAUGCAGUUUUAAACCUCAAAAGAAGAUUAAAUCAGUCAGCUCAAAUAGCAGCUUGAGCAAAUAAAAAAUUAAGUUAUGGCAAAUGAAUAGAAGAGAAAAAAUUUUCAAAAGUAAACUCCACCUUUGAUUCCUUCUCAUAAUCUUAAAAACAGAGAACUUUCUUUGGAUGAUUUUACAAAUAAGAGAAUUAUUACUCCAAGUCAUUAAGGAACUAUUUAGUUUAAUAAAUUUGGAGAAACAAGUAGAAUUAAUAGCCAUAACUAGUCAGUUUAGAGUUUUAAAGCAGCAAACAACCAAAACCAAUCGCCUUUUUACUAGUUGAAAAAAGAUUGGAAAACAAUUAUGUCACUAGAGUUUGAAAAGCUUAAAUUAGAGUCUGAUGGUGUAAAAAAAGACAAAGAAAUUCUGAGUCACUAAAUUCAAACAACAAAAGAAGAAAUAAAAAGCUUAAAAAGAGGACAAAAUGAAUUUUUAUUGCACGACUUAUCAAAAAAUAUAUAAAACACUGUCAAAAAUGCAGAAAAAGUUUUAAAAUAAAAACUCAUUGGCCAGGAAAAUCAUAAAAUAAGCUUACAAAAAAAAGAAUUGGAAUUAAAUUAAAAGAAACGCAUGCUUGACAAUAUUUAAAUAAAAUUAGAAACAAUGAAUCAUUCAGAUGAAGAAGACGAAAUAGAAAGCAUGUAUGAAGAAUACAAAUAGUUAUCAAGAGAAGAACAUUAGAAAUAUUCAACAUCUAUUAACAGCUUUAAUUAUGAAAGCUAGUAAACUUAUCAAGCUUAAAGGAAAUAAUACCAACAAGAGUAGUCAUACUUAAAUAGAUAAAAAAAUAAAUAUUAGAAGUUUGCACAUUAAAACGGUUAAAGCUUCUAAGAAUAUGAGCUGGAUGAGCAAGAAGAAGAAGGUAUUACUCAGUAAAGUGAUUAAGAUUAAUUAGAACAUCAUUCUUCAUGGGAAGAUAAUAACGAAGACGAUUUUAAACAUGCAAACUAAAGCUUUUAAUAGAGAAUUAUUUCUGCCAAAUAUUAAUCACUCCAACCACCAAACAAAUAUAGCAAAAUAGGACAAGAAGUCUACAUCUAAGGAAAAAUGAAGCAUUACUAAGAUCUUCUAUCAAAAUAUACAAUUAAUUGA